GCUAAACGCACGCCGCGGCUAGCUUCACUUAAACACCGGGGCUGCUAAACAUCGGAAAAUGGCUCUCCACGUCCCCAAACCUCCGGGCUUUGCCCAGAUGUUGAAGGAAGGCGCUAAGCACUUCUCAGGACUUGAGGAGGCAGUUUUUCGUAACAUCAGAGCGUGUAAGGAGCUUUCUCAGACCACACGAACUGCAUAUGGUCCCAACGGUAUGAACAAAAUGGUCAUCAAUCACUUGGAGAAACUGUUUGUCACCAAUGAUGCGGCUACGAUCCUCAGAGAACUGGAGGUGCAACAUCCAGCAGCCAAAAUGGUUGUAAUGGCAUCCCACAUGCAGGAGCAGGAAGUUGGAGAUGGCACCAACUUUGUUCUGGUGUUUGCAGGAGCUCUGUUGGAGCUGGCCGAAGAGCUUCUUAGGAUGGGCUUGUCUGUGUCUGAGGUGAUUGACGGCUAUGAGAAGGCUUGUAAAAAAGCUCUAGAGAUCCUGCCAGAGUGCGUAUGUUCAUCAGCCAAAAACCUCCAUGACAUGAAAGAGGCCACGUCUCUCAUCCGCACUGCAGUAAUGAGCAAGCAGUACGGGAAUGAAGACUUCCUCUCCAGCCUCAUCGCAGAGGCCUGUGUGUCCAUAUUCCCAGAGUCCGGCAGUUUCAAUGUUGACAAUGUCAGAGUGUGCAAGAUUUUGGGCUGUGGAGUGACGGCCUCUUCCAUGCUUCAUGGCAUGGUUUUCAAAAAGGAGGCAGAAGGAGACGUCACAUCGGUUAAAGAUGCCAAGAUUGUAGUUUUCUCCUGCCCCUUUGACUGCAUGGUGACAGAAACUAAGGGCACAGUGUUGAUAAAUAACGCACAGGAGCUCAUGAACUUCAGCAAGGGAGAGGAGGACAUGAUGGAGGCUCAGGUGAAGGCCAUCAAAGAGGCCGGAGCCAACGUGGUGGUCACUGGGGGGAAAGUGGCCGACAUGGCGCUGCAUUACGCCAACAAGUACAAGCUGAUGGUGGUCAGACUCAACUCCAAGUGGGACCUCAGGAGGUUGUGCAAGACUGUGGGGGCUGUAGCUCUGCCUAAAAUAACGGCCCCGACUCCCGACGAGAUGGGUCACUGUGACAGUGUGUACCUCACAGAGGUGGGAGACACUCAGGUGGUGGUCUUCAAACAUGAGAAAGAAGACGGAGCCAUCUCCACAGUGGUGAUCAGAGGCUCCACUGAUAACCUGAUGGAUGACAUCGAGAGGGCUAUAGAUGAUGGAGUCAACACUUUCAAGGUUCUGGUUCGGGACAAACGACUGGUACCUGGAGCUGGAGCCACAGAGAUCGAGCUCGCCAAGCAGAUCACAUCGUACGGCGAGUCCUGUCCUGGUUUAGAGCAGUAUGCCAUCAAAAAGUUUGCAGAAGCCUUUGAGUCAGUGCCACGCGCCCUGGCCGAGAACUCCGGGGUGAAGGGGAACGUGCUCAUCUCUAAACUGUACGCUGCACAUCACGAGGGGAACAAAAAUAUUGGCUUUGAUAUUGAAGGAGAAGGACCUGCUGUGAAGGAUAUGCUUGAAGCUGGGAUUCUGGAUCCGUACCUGGUCAAACACUGGGGCAUCAAACUGGCCACCAACGCUGCCAUCACUGUGCUGCGGGUGGAUCAGAUCAUWAUGGCCAAACCUUCAGGUGGACCCAAACCUCCACAGGGCAGCAAGAACUUUGACGACGAUGACUGAACUUGAUGCUUCCCACGAUAAUUCACAAACCUUUUCUACUUGUUUAUUUAAAGUUCAACUGUUUGGUUUAUGUUAUAGACAACUAUUGGUGAACACCYUAUUUGAAAGUUUAAAAAGUGCAGAUGGCUCUGUUUGCUUAUCGUUAGUUCCCAAAUAAAAGGCAUGUGUGCUAUCA